CAGGUGGUGCUGAUUAAUGCCAAUGCUCUGCUUGACACAUUGGAAAAUUACCUCAGAAAACAUGGGCAAAUGUACAUAGAUGAUCUUUCUAACAUCUGUUGAUUUAUUUCUACUGAGUUCCUCAAUGUCCACUGCCCUGAACCCUUUCACUCCAAGAUGAAAAGAUCAAUUCUCUGCUCUCUGCAUACAUUUAUUACAAGUUUGGCUUUGAUAAUUUUUUGUCAAUUAAAACGAUAUACCCAAGUUUAUUUCCUCCUUUCUUUUUCAUCACCUUUUUAUUUGAAUGUGUGUUAAUAUUGUAAGGAGAAAUUUCUUUUUGGUUAAACUAGGUAGUACAAGUACAUGUGCAUGUUUUAUUUUACCAUGUAACUCCUAUAACUGACAUAUUAUAUGUAUAUAGUAUGGUAAUGCUGUUCUGCUUACAACCAGGUGACACAUGUGCAGUGUUCAGACAAAAGCUGUUCACUUGAAGUUCAUCAUGAUUACUUAGCUCAGUGUAACUUAUUUGUUGUUGUUGUAGAUUUUGUACUGAAUGUAAAUCAAAAGUUUUGAGGGCAUACAGUAUUCUGGUAGGAGAUUUGGAUGGACCAAGUGAAAAGGGGUAGGUAUGAAGUUAUUUAAAGACAACAAUAUACCUGGUGAGAGUGCUUAAUUUCCCAAGCUGUGAGCUCAGUUUUAUUGUAGACUUGUUGUGACAGAAGUUUGGAUGGUUUUUUGGCCAUGCUAGGGGGUUUUCUCUUGGAUUCUCAGGUUUCCUUUCUUGACAAACCAGCCUGUGGUGCAGGUGUCUUAAUAGGGGUCAACAUUACAAGCUUGCGAUCCUUUAUUCCACUGCUCAUGUUUGGUUUCCAUGUAGCACUAGAAUGGAUGGAAAGGGGCCUCUCCUUUCUUUUGACUGUUGCUUACCCCCUUGGUACAAUUGCUUUUCUCUCCCCAGCUUUUCCAUUGCUGUAAAAAUCAAAGAUGGCAGCUUAAUUUUCACUAAGAAAAUACCGAGUACUCACCUACACCUACACCUACACCUACACCUACACCUACACCUACACCUGCUCUGCUGGCUAUCGAAAACCUGAUAAGCAGAUUGAUCUGUUCUGUCCUUUUUUGAACUGUCUCAUAGAUUAACAAGCAAUGUUUCUUUCCUGACUCAUUUAGUUGCUUUGCUACUUUGUAUGAUGGUCCUAAAAGUUGUCCUCAAGAGCGCCAUGUCCAUGUACUGUGUGAUACAGGCUACAUUGCACAUUUAAUCGGACGGGCAGAACCAGAGCUGGCUGAAGGGUAUGCAAUACUUGUAUCCUGUUGUGGCUCAUGUUGAGGCUUUUCAAAAGCAUAACCAUUAUUUUUCAUGUGGUUAUGGCCAUCUCCUUUUUCCUUUUCAUUUAACUUGGUUUUAUAAAAAAAGAAAUAAGGUUGAUCAGUAAAAACGAAAAGCUUUUCACUCACGGGAGCUUUAAGGAGCUCUGUCAUGAUAGGUUGUUUCUUGUGGUGCGAUAUUGCUGUUGGGUGAAAGAGUGUAAGAGUGCUAUCCCAUCCCCUGUGUGCCUUGGUGAGAAGAAGUGGUAAUUUAUCAUAAUCAAAAGCUAGGGAUGCUUUAAAAUGCCUGUAAGGCAUCAGUGGAGAAGCUCCGCCAACCCCUCUCUAUAGAGAGAACCUUGCUUAAAGCACUACUUCUUUUAGAUUCGUUCCUGAAUUUUUUCUUAACUCUUUACAUCCUAACAUCAGCAUGUAUAUUCUCCAUACUGUUCUUGAUACAUUUCCUAUGGCUCUGACAAGGAGAUUUAAGUUAAAACUCAAGAGCUGUUCAAGUUGAUGAGCAUUUACUCCAUUUUUCUUGAGCUUAAUGUUUGGUUUAGCAGUGAUGCCUUAGUGAGAAAUUAGAUGCUAGUCACCCUUAGAGGUUAAAGGGUUAAGAGUGUGGCGUACCGCUAAAGUAGAUUCAAAACACGUUAUUAACAGAGUACUGGCUUCGAUUCAUAAGCUUGUCUUUUAUGUGUUGUGAUAGGAGGAGAGAAAGGCAUGCUAAGACACUGGACAUUGCCCAGGAAGAGGUGGGAAAAUUUUCGAUUUAAGUUUGUUAGAACUUCUAGGUGGUGUCAAUCGGUUGCUUUAUGUUGGAGGAUGUUCUUUCCACUUACCAAUAUCGUUAUAUUCCCUAAAACUACUUUUCCGCAACAAGGUUAGCUGGUGGUUAGUAUCGGUGAGGCUUCUUUCCGUACUAAAUUAAACCAUCUUGUUUUCGGUCCAUCUUGAAGGUGUUAACGUGUCUCGGUAUUCACCUGUGGGAAAGACUUCAUCGACUGUGGCAGAAACUGAGGGCUGAGGAGCAAACGUGGCAGAUGCUGUUUUAUCUGGGGGUGGAAGCUCUAAGGAAAAGUUUUGAGGCAAGAUAAGAGGCGCUUUCAUUUUAUUUGACUUUCUAUUCAUUAUUUGCUGAGGAAUAGUUGGAUUGACAAGAGUUUGAAUAGAACGAUUGAUUGAAUAAACAAGAACCGAAUUCCUUAGCUUCACGGAACGAUCAACGGAAGCUCUAACUGUUAACCCAAUCAAACCAAAAUCAUAUGAAGGUAUGCAAAAAAGAAAACAAACAAACAAAAAACAGAAAUGAACAAACGAAGGAACAAACGAUCCACAGUAGUUACGGAGUGAAAUAAAAGAACGAGCGAACAAACUACAUGAUCAAACGAAGAAAAAAAAGCCAGGUUAUUUUACCUGUUGGUUAUCUUUACGUAACUUGACUAUAGUUCCAGCAACAAGUAAUGUUGGUUGGCGAUGUUUUGCGUUUCUUUUUACAUGGGUGUCGUUUCGACUUUGUCAGGUGGCGGUUGAAGAAAAGCAAGGCAUUAUCACGCCUGGAACAAGUCGUCGAAGAGAUUUCUGAGGCAGAGAGAGCCAAGGAACUCAGAAGAGAGCAGAAACGAUUGAAAAAGAAAGCGAGACGCAAAGAGAAAUGUAAAUGUGGUACUCACUUAACUAUCUCGACAGCGAACAAUGAACUGCAAGCAGAGGAAACUGCGAAAAACGAGGAGGAAUUGGAAGAGGAAGAGGUAUGUACGAAUGAGAUCGUGGAAGAGACAAGGGAAAUGAAUGGACAUGGCGAUAGCUGUGAAGAUGAUGAAGAUGACGGAGACAGUGGCGGUUCACCGUGCAGUUGUGAAGACUUGAGCAACUGUGAGCGAAGCAAGAGCAAAAAAUCGGUUUUUAGGAAUGGUGACUGCGGGUACGUAUCUUUUCCAGGUUACCAGACCCAGUUGCUCAAAGGGUGGCAAACGCUAUAUAAAGGAUAAAUUGCUAUCUAGCGGAUAAGUGUGAAGUAAAGGUGCAGGGCUAUCCAAUGGACAGAUAUUUAUUUAGUGGAAAGUGUUAUCCAACCUUCAAACAACCGGGGCCAGAUUGUUAGCAUCGAAAACACUUUAUUGUAGCUUGUUACGGAGAAAGUUGAUAAAGUACUUCAGAGUUAAUCCGACGCUAAAAUUGCUAGUUGCCUUUCCUGGUUGAUCUUUUCGCCUUAAAAUAAGUAUGUAGAAGGUGAGUAGGUGUAUAUUGUCCAUACUUUUCGCUUUACGUUUCCUAAGGAAAUGACGAGGAGAAUAUUUGAAACAAUCGGGAGCUUCUCAUUUCCUUUGUUCUCAUGACUUUAAUGCUUGAUUCAUGGAUGAUGCUGAUAAAUUAGAGUCUAGACGCAGUAUUGGUUUAAAGGUUGAAAAGCAUUUGUGCUGUAAUCCCAGCUAUUUUCCUUUCAUUUAUUGACUUGAAGUGAUCUGUUGUAGGUACGUAGCAGAGUACAAUAAAUGGUCCAGGAUGGUACACCAGAGUGGAGACAUGUGUAAUCAUGGCGAAGAUUCUUCGACGCUAGGAGGAGAGGAAGAGGAUAUAUGUACAGAUUGUUUGAGUGGGAGCCCAAUUAGUGGUGGAUCUCCACAGAGCAAUAAUGGAAAGGGAAGAAAGAAGAAGGGCAAAAACAAGGAGAAGAAGGUAAACAUAUAAGCCUCCUAUCCACACCCCUUCACGAUGCUUGAUUAGUUAUCUCUUUUCACUCCCAUGAGCGACCAAGAGAGAAUUUCUCCUAACAAUAUCAAUACAAUCUCCAUCAGACAAGUAGUGAGAAUAAAGAAAAAUAUCAUUUAGGGGAUUAUAAGUUGAUCCAAUAUCAAAUUCUCUAAACUAACAUCGCAAGAACUGUAUGGCAGACAGUUAGGAGAAUUACAAAUGAGAUCUUGGGAGUUAAAGGGUUAUUGUGCGGUAGUUUCAAUCGUCAUGCAAUGUUGUUACUCUUACCAAGGCGGUCACACUUUUUUGCCGUGUGAAGCUUGCGUGACUAAAGGAAAGAUGCCAAAUGUAAAAAUGUAAUUUUUUCCUUCAAAUCGUUACUUUGUUCUUCCUUCACAUUAUUCAUUCAUUCAUUCAUUCAUUCAUUCAUUCAUUCAUUCAUUCAUUCAUUCAUUCAUUCAUUCAUUCAUUCUUCAUUCAUUCAUUCAUUUUUCAUUCUUCUUUUAGUUCUAAAUCUCUAUUUAGCAAAACUCGCCGAGACAUGAAAAGCAAGAAAAGCUUGUAGAAAAUAUUGAUGACGAAGAAAAACGGCUCCUGAAGCUAAUGGGUUGGAAGGAUGGAGGAACAGAGUCAAUGGUGAGUUAUUUUUUUAACUAUACUUCCGUCGCUCUAUGGCGAUUUAGGUUUUCCUGGGAUCCGAUAACCCCAAGGGUAGAAUAUCCCCUGAUCUCAAACUUCCUGUUGCGUCACGAUUUGUGCUUCUUGAAAAAAGAAAGCUUAAGUUUAGAUAGUCUUUUUAAUUUUUAUGUACAGUCAACACUUAAAUCUUCUCCAUCCUUAGCUAUCUUUACUUCAUCCUAGUUUAUCUUUAACUUAUCUUCGUUUGUCUUUAUUAUCGUGUUAGUAUUUUUCACGUAUUCUCCGUCACGUUGUGCACCACUGAGCCAGUUGCGACUGGUCACGCGAUCAUAAAUUAAUGCGAGAGGUUACGUCACACAAAUGUAUAUCGGGAUCGUGAACAACAGGACGCUUUUCUCUCCUCAGAUUGGUAUACUAUCGAUUAACCUUUGUCGUCUUUUAUCUUCAUUUUACAUCAUAGGAGUGUUUUUCGUCGGAGGAAGAUCUCUGUAUAUCCGAGCAGGAAAUUCUACGGUUCAAAGCGAACCAAUCGUCAGUGUCCCAGCAGCGACGGAAGCUUCGAGAGAAACUUCGCCAACAAUUUAACAAUUUGACGCUUAAGAAGGGUCUUAACGUCGCUAUUGUUCAUUAG